AUUCGAAAUAUUCGAAGAUACAACUAGUACAAUCACGCCCACAGCGCCGGCCGCUGAUUUGGCCAAAGAAGUUGUAAUUUUCCAUGGUGAGGUGCCUUCUGCAAGUGGCCCAGAUUUUAUGUUCAAAACUCCUGCAUUGCCUAACUCAACUUCCUUGGGGUCGACGGCAUCGAAAGCCCAAUCCACGAAUAAACUCGGAUUUGAAAUUUUUUCUGAAACUUGUUCAGUUGAGACACAGCCAAUAGCAAGUGCCAUGGAAGGGGCUGUGGGGGGUGCAGUUUAUGAUCCUGAAGAAACAUGUUCAACGCAAACAUUUAAUAUAUUUAUCAAAUCGCAAUCGGUUAGCACACCAAAGAUGCUGCAAAAAAGUGCACCACGCCAAUUUGGUUCAGUUUUGAAGAGUAUUCCGAAUCCUCCAGAAAUUCUGGACAGCCCAGAGUUUCCCUCUGCAGUUGAACCCAAUGUCGAUGAGCAGGAAAAUGCUCUCAAAGGCACAUCGGAGUAUUCGCCAGAAAUGGUAAAACAGCUAUCAACCAUUUUAGAAACCUCGGAGCAUGGCACCACUCAAGGCACUCACACAACAGGUGGUACGACAACAAAGUCCAGUAGUAGUACUUCCGAUGGGGAGGGCGAACGUGAGGUUUUAACACGCCUCAUAAUGCCACAUACUGAGUUAGAAACACUAGAAGAGCGAUCACGUGAAUCGUCCACCAUGCCGCCAGAAGUGGUUGUGUCCAUGGAAAACAUCAGUCUGCAAAGUAAUACAACAACACAGGCCGCAAAUAUAGCUCGGGCAGCUGAAGAUGAGAUGGCUCAUAAAGAGUUGCCAACUAUUGCUACUACGACCGUUGUUGUGGAGGCAGCAACUCCGGCAGAUAUGCGUUUACAAACCGAUGUACACAUACCAGCUAACGCUUUAAAUUUUUCUAUAUUCGAAGAUGAUCGUACUGAGCCGCUCAAAAUUAAACAAGCUGGCAAUUUUACGCGCAUUGAUGAGCCAGAGGACACUGCGGCUGGAUAUGCUAUACGCAGUUUACGUUUUCAAGAGGACAAGACUGAGACUAUGCCUAAAAUGCUGAUGCAUUCGCGCUCAAUAGUUAAAUUUCAGGAAGACAAGACGGAAACAUUGCUUAAAAUCCCCAUAGCACCAACUGCAAUGAUGCAGUUGGAAGCAGAAAAAACUGAUACGAAGAUUGCGCUAGAUCCACCCCAACUGCCAGCUAUUAAAAAUGUCAGUUCGAAUUUGGAUGAUUCAUUUGAGUUUUUUGGACAGACUCCGCCUGGGAAAAGUAUACUGCACCCAAGGUAUGAAGUUUCUGCAUUUAAGGAAUGCAUGGAGGCACGUACCCCAGCAUCUAAACGUCACUGUGAUGCCGAUACACCAGACGUAAUGCACUUGAAGGCAGCGCAAGCUAUACAAAAGCAG